AUGCCGUUUAGUAAAUGGAUUGAUUUAAGUCAAUCAAAUUGGAGUAAAGAAAUUCAAGAUAUUUUUGAAGAAUUAAAAACUAAUGAACAAGAAAUUCAUGAUCGUGAACAAGCAAUACUUCAAUUAAUCAUACAACAUGAUCAUCAACAUAUGAGAUUAGAACAAUGGGAACAUGAAUUAAAAUUAUUAAUCAUGUCAACUAAUAAUCAAGAAUGUCUUUAUUAA